AUGGAGGUGCAAUUAGGGCUGGGGAGGGUCUACCCCCGGCCGCCGUCCAAGACCUAUAGAGGAGCUUUCCAGAAUCUGUUCCAGAGCGUGCGCGAAGUGAUCCAGAACCCGGGUCCCCGGCACCCUGAGGCCUCGAGCGCAGCACCUCCCGGCGCCCGUUUACAGCAGCAGCAGGAGACUAACCCCCAGCAGCAGCAGCAGCAGCAGGGUGAGAAUGGCUCUCCCCAAGCCCAGAGCAGAAGCGCCACAGGUUACCUGGCCCUGCAUGAGCAACAGCAGCCUUCACAACAGCAGCCAGCCCCCGAGGGCCACCUCGAGAGCGGCCGCGUCCCAGAAUCUGGAGCCGCUGCGGCCGCAGGCAAGAGGCUGCCGCAGCAGCCGCCAGCACCUCCGGACGAGGAUGACUCAGCUGCCCCAUCCACGUUGUCCCUGUUGGGCCCUACUUUCCCGGGCUUAAGCAGCUGCCCCACCGACCUUAAAGACAUCCUGAGCGAGGCCGGCACCAUGCAACUCCUUCAGCAGCAGCGGCAGGAGGCGGUAUCUGAAGGCAGCAGCAGCGGGAGAGCGAGGGAGGCCGCUGGGGCUCCCACCUCCUCCAAGGACAGUUACCUAGGGGGCACUUCGACCAUCUCUGACAGCGCCAAGGAGUUGUGUAAGGCAGUGUCGGUGUCCAUGGGCUUGGGUGUGGAGGCGUUGGAGCAUCUGAGUCCUGGGGAACAGCUUCGGGGAGACUGCAUGUACGCCCCACUCCUGGGAGGGCCACCCGCUAUGCGUCCCACUCCCUGCGCCCCUCUGGCCGAAUGCAAAGGUUCUCUGCUGGACGAUAGCCCAGGCAAGGGCACAGAAGAGACUGCUGAGUAUUCGGGUUACGCCAAAGGGCUAGACGGCGAGAGCCUGGGCUGCUCCGGCAGCGGCGAAGCAGGGAGCUCCGGGACACAUGAGCUGCCGUCCACCCUGUCUCUCUACAAGUCCGGAGCACUGGAUGAGGCAGCAGCGUACCAGAGUCGCGACUACUACAACUUUCCGCUGGCUCUGGCCGCGCCGCCGCCCCCUCCGCCACCUCACCAUCCCCAUGCCCGCAUCAAGCUGGAGAACCCGCUGGACUACAGCAGCGCCUGGGCUGCCGCGGCGGCGCAGUGCCGCUAUGGGGACCUGGCGAGCCUGCACGGCGGCGGUGCUGCGGGACCCGGCUCCAGCUCGCCCUCAGCGGCCGCCUCCUCUUCCUGGCACACUCUUUUCACAGCCGAAGAAGGCCAGUUGUAUGGGCCGUGUGGCGGAGGUGGCAGCGGCGGCGCAAGCGAGGCAGGGACCGUAGCCCCUUACGGCUACGCUAGGCCACCUCAGGGGCUGGCGGGCCAGGAAGGAGACUUUCCCGCACCCGAUGUGUGGUACCCCGGCGGCGUGGUAAGCAGAGUGCCCUAUCCCAGUCCCAGCUGUGUAAAAAGCGAGAUGAGCCCCUGGAUGGAGAGCUACUCUGGACCUUACGGGGACAUGCGUUUGGAGAGCGCCAGGGACCAUGUUUUGCCCAUCGACUAUUACUUUCCACCCCAAAAGACCUGCCUGAUCUGUGGGGAUGAAGCUUCUGGCUGUCAUUAUGGAGCUCUCACUUGUGGAAGCUGCAAGGUCUUCUUCAAAAGAGCAGCUGAAGGGAAACAGAAGUACUUGUGUGCCAGCAGAAAUGAUUGCACCAUCGAUAAAUUCCGAAGGAAAAAUUGUCCAUCUUGUCGUCUCCGGAAAUGCUAUGAAGCAGGGAUGACUCUGGGAGCCCGGAAGCUGAAGAAACUAGGUAAUCUGAAAAUACAGGAAGAAGGGGAGACCUCCAGUGCCACCAGCCCCACUGAGGAGCCAACCCAGAAGCUGACAGUGUCACACAUUGAAGGCUAUGAGUGUCAGCCCAUCUUUCUGAAUGUCCUGGAAGCCAUUGAACCAGGCAUAGUGUGUGCUGGACAUGACAACAACCAGCCUGACUCCUUUGCUGCCUUGCUGUCUAGCCUCAAUGAACUGGGUGAAAGACAGCUUGUACAUGUGGUCAAGUGGGCCAAAGCCUUGCCUGGCUUCCGCAACUUGCACGUGGACGACCAGAUGGCAGUCAUUCAGUACUCAUGGAUGGGGCUCAUGGUUUUUGCCAUGGGCUGGCGUUCCUUCACCAACGUCAACUCCAGGAUGCUCUACUUCGCCCCAGACCUGGUUUUCAAUGAGUACCGCAUGCACAAGUCCCGGAUGUACAGCCAGUGUGUCCGAAUGAGACACCUCUCUCAAGAGUUUGGGUGGCUCCAAAUCACCCCCCAGGAAUUCCUGUGCAUGAAAGCACUGUUACUCUUCAGCAUUAUUCCAGUGGAUGGGCUGAAAAAUCAAAAAUUCUUUGAUGAACUUCGAAUGAACUACAUCAAGGAACUCGAUCGUAUCAUUGCAUGCAAAAGAAAAAAUCCCACAUCCUGCUCAAGGCGCUUCUACCAGCUCACCAAGCUCCUGGAUUCUGUGCAGCCUAUUGCAAGAGAGCUACAUCAGUUCACUUUUGACCUGCUAAUCAAGUCCCACAUGGUGAGCGUGGACUUUCCGGAAAUGAUGGCAGAGAUCAUCUCUGUGCAAGUACCCAAGAUCCUUUCUGGAAAAGUCAAGCCCAUUUAUUUCCACACACAGUGAAGCUUUGGAAGCCCCCAUUUCCCCAUCCCAUCCCAUUCCCCUUUUCAGAUGUCUUCUGCCUGUUAUAACUCUGCACUACUUCUCUGCAGUGCCUUGGGGAAUUUCCUCUAUUGAUGUACAGUCUGUCGUGAACAUGUUUCUGAGUUCUAUUUGCUGGGCUUUUUUCUCUUUUCUUCCAUUCUUUUUCUUCUUCCCUUCCUCUCUGACUCUCCCAUGGCACCUUCAGACUCUGCUCCCUAUUGUGGCUCUUACCUGUGUUUUGAAUGGUGUUGUAUUUCUUUAAA